GUCUACUUCACCUGGAGUAGAAAGAGGAGGAGGAGGAAGGCCGAGUGAGGUUGGGGAGCUGGUCACAUUCUGCUACGGGGACCUGGUCAAGAGCGCUACACCAUCAUGGACUUGAGCAGCCCCCUCUUCCUGCUUCUGCCCCUGCUGUUUGUGGCCACUUCUGGGGAGUACCAGGUGGAGGUGUAUUACAACGGGACAGCAGAGCUCCCAUGCAACUAUAAGCUGGACCAGUAUCCCCUGGAUGACCUGGUGAUCUUCUGGCAGAGAGAGGCCGCCCUGUUUGAGCUGUUCCAUGGCCAGGAGAAGUGGGACAACAUCGAUUCCAGAUACAUCAACCGCACGAGAUUCAACCGCAGUGCCUUGAGUCUGAGCCUGGGUCAGGUGCAGCUGGAGGACCAGGGCCUUUACAAGUGCCUGGUGCUUUUCCACAAGCUCCCUCGCCGUAACGUCCUGCAUCAGUUUCCCUCGAGGCUGGUGGUGAUGGCCAACUUCAGCCGGCCAGAAAUUGUGUCCCACUUCAACGGCACGUUGCAGCCCGGGGAAGAGGUGAACCUCUCCUGCUCGGCGGCGGGAGGCUAUCCGAAGCCCCGGGGCCUGUCAUGGGUGGUCAAGACGGAGAACGUGACCACCAAACCUUUCAGUGAGAUGCGCGUGUCCAAGGAUCCCAGCACGAAGCUUUUCGAGGUCAGCAGCUGGCUGACCGUGCAGGCUUGGCUGGCCCCUGGAACUAACAUCAGCUGUGUGCUCCAUCCACUCAGACCCUCGGGAUCCCUCACCUCCGAGCUUUAUCAUCUAGAGCUGCCAACACCACCGAUCCAGCCAGCCCCACCUGGCCACCUCCUCACCUGGCUCGCGGUGCUCGGAAUCUUGUCUGUGAUGGCGGCAGGAACCGUGGCCCUCCUCAUCAUGAAGAAGGGGAGGAAAUGGCCUUGGCCCCGGGACCGGGACGGAGCUGCCAGUCAGAAUGUGGCUGGGAGAGCGCAGGUGCCAGAGGAAAGGGCUGAAGCCGUGGAGCUGACGGGGGGCCCCAGGGCUGAAUGUGCAGAAGGCCACAAGUACGACGGAAGCACCUCGGAGAAUGCGCGGGGCCCCUUCUAGUGAGCGGCAAGCCCGAGGAAGCAGGAUCCCAACAGGGGUGCGGGGAGGGAGGGUUAGGGUUGGAGAUGGGCCUCCUCGGGGCCGGGGCGGAAUUACCCAUCAGCAAAGCUUUAGAGACUUACCCGGGCGCACGCCACUAGCCACGCGGACACCCCCCCUUUGCCAGCGGUUUCGGAUGUGCGUCGUUCGCCUACCCCUCCCUCCCCUGCUGCCUGGCCUGUCCGAACGGUCCACCCGACCCUGCUGCCGUGGGCUGGGGCCCAGGGCAUUGGUUCUGGGGCCCGCGAGAUCUAGUUCCCACCACUGGGCUUCUGGGCCGCAAGGGGAUGACACGUCGGCUCCACCCCUCGCAUCGCUGACCUGACGCCUCCCCUGUGGCAGACAGGGGUGGACCGUCAUCCCUUCCGCAGCAGGAUCUGCGGGGUCCCUCAUCCCUGGUCUUCUGUGGGCAGUGGGGCCAAUUACACGCCAGCAGCAUCCAGGUUGUUCCUUCGAGCUGGGGCGAGGGGGUGAGAUUCAGACUCCGGGCUGGCCUCCAGCUGGGCAUGGUGCUGGGAAGAUGCCAGGCAGCACCACGUUUUCCCUGACCUGCCUUCUAGGGCCUCUCCGUCAUCGCCCUCCACCCUUGAGUGCCCCGAGGCACAGCACACCAGGGAUUCUGCAGCCGGGAGCAUCAUAAUAAUAAUUGUGGUUGUUAUGGUAUUUAUUAAGCGCUUCCUAUGUAAAAACCUCCAUUUGCACGUCGCCACGUGCUUCACUCCUGCCCCUUUACUGGCUCGUUGCACUCCGUGCCCUGUGGGAACACGACAGACAGAGACCAGGGAGUAUGAGGGGCACCACGCCACCCACCAGUGUCAGGAUUGAUUCCUCCCCACAGGCUCCUAUUCGUCCAUUGUUCCCCACUUGAGGCUCUGUCGUCGUCACCAUGUGCUCAGCACCGUGACGGGCACUGGGGUGGACGCUCGGACGCUGGGUUCCCAAUUGAAGAGGGAGGAGUCUCGUCCCCAUUUUAGAAAUGAGGAAACUGAGGCUCAGAGAGGUUGUGAUUUGCCCGAGGUCAGCGAGUUGGCCAGGGAUGGAGAGAAGUUGUGGUCCUGGAGCGGGAGGGGGUUCAAGGAUGGGGAAACAGCAUGAGGAAGGGCUCCGAGGCGGAGAGCCGGGAACCAAGGUGGGUUUGGGAGGAGCGAAGAGAGUGAGAUGGGAAGGUGAGGAGCACCAGUGGAGGAGCGUGGAGCCGGUCAUAGGGAGGUUUGUCAGGACAGAGGAUGGUCAGGGAAAUGGGGACUCUGUCCCUUACACUAAAGGAAGGACUGAGUUCUCGGGAACACAUGGAAGAGGCCGAUGGGCCGAGGGCAGAGUAAGGAAAACACAUCCAGAAAAAAAUCCUGCCUGACCAUCCGGACGGAUGCCCGUCCUUUAGAAUGGGGGAUCGGACCAGACCGUCAUGGCCAAUGACAAGGUCUCCAAAUCACCCCACCGUCCCCAGGUCCAGUGAGUGAUUUUUUUUAUUUUCCUGAUGGAAACAAACAUGGUAAUAAAAGAAUGAUUUGUAUUUUGUAUA